UUGAACCGUCCUGCCACCUGCGCAGCCCCUCCCCGCCCCCUCCUCUCUCGCGUGGGGCGGCUCCGCUCCCCGGGAACAAGCCUGAGGCCAAAGCUGCUGCUCGGCGCCUUUGCUGGGCGGGAGGCGCCUCUGGCCCCCGGCAGAGCGGCGGCAGCAGGCGGCGCGGGACAGGCCCGCCCGGCCCCGGGGUCAGAGCGCGGGCUGCCCCGGCCCCGGCGAGGAGCAGGAAAGAAAUCUCAGAAUAUAAUCCAAUUGCUAAGGAACUUGUCUAAGGAAAGCAGAGGUUCCCAGAUGGGACUAAUAACCCCAAACACCUGUCUGUCCUGGCUGGAAGAGAAGGGAGUCUUGCUCACCUACUGUCCACGGUUCCUGGUCCCAGGACCUUUACAGGAACAAUGGUCUGGGAUGGCCCUAUACCUUCACUUUCCCAGACUUAGCUGCUCCCUGGAACCAAAUGCCUCUUCUAGAGACUGCUUCAGUUACUUCCGUGGGCACAUGGAAUGGGUGGCUUGCUCCAAACUCCUAAAAAUGGCUUCUCCCCAUCCCAGUGGUCCGAGGGGCAGGCAUCUCACCGAGGACUUUUCUUAUUGGUGCAUAGCAACUGGGAUUCUGAGUCUGCCCUUUGGCCUUCUUCUCCCAGGGACGGUGUACCUCCCCCUGAAUUACCAGCAGGGAGAGAACCAGGAACCAAGGCAUCCCUGUCAGGGUCUUGUUAUGGACAAUGCAAAUUCUGGAGGAGUAGGCCAAGAAUCAAAUAUAUUUUCACAUCUUCCUCUUCUGAAUCUUCCUAAGGCACUGAAAACCACAGAACUCCCACUGAUGGUGAAACCACAGAACAAAGGAACAGACAGGGAUGAAAAAACAGGAAAGCAAAAUGGCAGGUGGGGAAGCUCAGCACUGAAAGACAGCAGAAUUUCUGUGCGUUUAUGCAGCACAAAUAGGGAUUUAUGCAGCAACGUGACAAAAAUAUAAAUUAUGGCUGUGACAUUGCUUAUAUUAUAAGCAUAAUCACAGGGCACAUGGGGCCUGGCCCUGCCCAUUUUUCUCUCUACAAAUUGUAUGUACAAUCUAUCAGCAGUUUUAUUACUCUCCAUGUUAGAUUUGGGCAACAAGCUAAUUGCAGAUGUAUUAAAUGAACUGAUGAAGAAGGGAAUAUGAAGGCUAUUAUAAUAGGGGGAAAAAAGCUGUACGCACAGGUUCAUUUGAGCAUCCCCACACGUCCCAAUUGGCAAUUGAAAGCACUCGAAAAGACCUGUGGCUGUAUAAAAUUUUUGUUUGUUUAUAUCAGAUUAAUGAUAUGAUGAACAGAUAAAACUAAAUAUCUUAUUUUGGAAUGUUGACCUGGUUCUGUACUUUUUUUAUGGUUACAUUAAUACUGACUGUGGAUUUUGAGAUUGGGGAAAUAUUGCUGGCUUGAUUCAUUAUUUUCUUCCAGUGGUUGUAUUCAGUUAAGAGAACCUCUUUCCUUCAUGAUGUUUUUGUGUUCAAUUGAUUGACAUUACUAGAGCUUGCAGUUCUGGAAUUCAGAGCCUUCUCCUGCCUAACUUUGUUUAUUUUUAUUUUUGGUGGAAAUAGGGGGUAUAGGAAGAUGCAUAGGAUAGAUCACCCUUUGGAGCAAAGCAUUUUAAGAGGAAAUAGGGAGUAACUAAUAUAUUUAAAAAAUAUGAAUGUUUUAAUUAUUCCUGUGGGGUUUUUUUGUAGUGGAAUUUCCUUAAUGAGAGGAAAAAGCUUAACUUUCUAAAAGGCCCCUGGAAAGAAAAAUCUGCAUAGAAUCUCUGCCAUCAGAGACCCAUGUAUUUAUAUUUGUAAUCUGGAUUGGAGUAGAGUAGAGAUAGAAACAGUAAACUCUAGCUGGUCUUAGUCGCUCAUGUUGUGUUAGUGUGUCGGGAAAUUCAAUUUUGGUUGAUGUAAACUCAAAUGACUUUACUUAUUUCCUUAUAUCAACUUAAUUUUUUUAAAAUGGACACCAGAAUUCCAAUAAUAGCUAAGGUGGAGGAAGUUAUUGUGCGUGUUCAGAAAGACAUACAAUCUUGAAUAAUGCAUCAUGGGGUAUUGCAAACUGAGGCCCUAAUUCUGCAAACUUCUCAUACUUUGCUUAGCUUUUUGCAUCUGAGUCUAUGAGUCUGUUCACAUACGUAAAGCUGAGCACGUUCAUAAAGGUUUACCUUACUCUGAAAUUUGAAAAAAUGUAUGUGAUUAUUCUGGAGGAAAAUAGGUUGGAAACUUAAAGGAAUUUAAGUUUGUGAUAGUUCUGAAGGAUUUAAUCUUUCUACAAAUUUACCAGAUAUAUUAAACAAUUCACAGUUUAGAUUUUCUCUACUGCUACAAAAUGUAUCCUCUUAUCAAAAUGUGUGAUAUCAAUAUAUUGUUAAAUUAUUAGUAAUUUUUUGUUUCCUGAGAGGAGAAGAAAUCUGUUGUUUAUCAUGGGAAGCUCAUUCAUAUGUUUCAAGAUUUUAAAAAGGUCAGCACAGCUGAGAAGAUCUAGAUAUGAGAUUUUUAAUUUGUUUAUUUCAGUUUCAAAAACCAAACAAACUAAACAAAAAAAUGCCUAUUUCAGGCUCUCGGCUCCUGUAUUCAAUUAAAAAUACAAUCCCUAGGAAUAAAAACAAAAACAGUGGUAAAUCCCAUGCAACAUAAAACAGCAGCCACCAAAGAAAAUAUUACCAGCCUAGAUUGUCACAUCCUUCCAUCUCUGAAAGAAACUCCACAACACAGACACCUUAGAUCUCUCCAAACAUCCGUUCAAGAGAAAUGGGUUUUGCCACUGACCUUGUGAGUUUAUUCAUUUUAAGGUUUUCAGACAGAAAGUAUUCCAAAAUCAAGAGCCCUUACAGUGCAGAUAGGAAUUACCAUACUCCAUCAGACCACUCGUCCAUCUUGGUCAGUAUCCUGUCUUUGACGUGGGCCAGUACUAGAUUAUGCAUAGGAAAGUACAAGUAACCCUUUAUUGAACCAUUACAAAAUAUCUGCCCAUCUGGGAAGGUUCUUCCUAACCCAAAGCAAUUAGUGGUUGGCUUAUAUCUUGAAGCAUGAGACAUGAUAUUCCUUCUAAUUUUUUUAAAUCCAAUCUAAAGUAACGAUGGAUGUUCUGAUAAGCCAUAAAAUAUGUAUAUUUUUCAUCUUGUUAAGCUUCUGGCUUCAGUGAUACCCUGUGGCACUGUAUAAUAAAAAUGUUUAUUUUUUAUAAUUUUAAA